AUGGCUGUUCCAGCACAGGUGGCAUUCCUGACUCCGACAGCUGCGGCCAUCACUGUCGCCGACGUCUAUGCGUCGCCGGGACCACGGUCACCGCUCGACCAGCUGGGUCUCGUCGUCCGCCGCGACUCGGCACCGCAGGCCAUCGCCGCGGGUUCAGCAGACACCGUGGUCAACAGCAAACCCGUGCCGACCCUCGACCUGAACCUGUUCCGCUCACCGAGCAUCUACUCUGUCGAGAGCAGUCUCGACUCGAUCAGCAUUUCGUCAGAGGACACGACGUACCAGGACUGUCUGUACGACGAGCCUCACCCGGGCUUUGUCUCCGAGCCCGAGCACGACGACAGCGACACCUCGGACGACGUCGCGGCUCUGGCACGCGGUAGUGGGAAGAGCUCACCGGCGACCCCUCGAGCCAACCGCACCCUCACUGGCGACCAUGUCGGUGGCUCACCCACCACCCGUUCCGGGACCGUCACUCCAACGACUGCCGUCCCACUCACUGCCAAGCCCAACGCCGGCGGCAACGGCCACCCUUACCCAUCACUCGAACCGCUGUCCAACGCGCCCGGGUCGAUCAAGAGCGCCAUCGACGAUGGACCGUUCAAGCUGCGUCCUGUCCCCGGCCGCUCGGCGCGUAGCCUCGACCCCGAGCUCGUGGCUCCGCAGGUGCCGUUCACCGUGACACGCUCGUCGUCAGAACCCGUUAGCCCCAUCGACGUUCCCCUCCCGCUGGCGCAGCAGGUGGCCAUGCCCUCCCACCCGCAGACGACCACUGUGCCCGACACGGCCAGUAUGCACGGCGAGCAAGGGAUCGACUGGGGAGAGGACGAGAACGCGUUCGAGUGGCUCGACGCCUCCGCCGACGCGCCAGAGGCCACCAACGGUGCAACCCGUCGCCGUCUGGUUGUUGGUGGUGCUAGUCCGAAACGGCGUCUGUCGCGGUUAACCGGUCUCCGGAACGCCAUCACCAUGCCGACGCUGGGUGUCGGCAGCAGCUCGAGCACCGGCACAAGCCCGUCAUCCACCUCCCCAUUGACGACGCCAGCGAGCGCGGCCACCAGUGCGAGCGUGUCACCCAUUGCACCCCCUGGGGCCAGCAGCGGCAGCAGCGAUUCACACAACCGGCUGCCCUCGCCAGAAUGCGGACCAGCAACCGAGGAGCGGCCGCGCACCAAAAAGAAGCGUCCUAUCGUUAUCCCCCGGCGAGCCGCACCGCCUCCUCCACCUGGCGCAUCCCCAUUCCCUGUCAUGCUUGAUGGUGGUGGUCGUCUGCCACGGUCCACACGCACACCUCCGCUCGACACACACUCGGACGCGUCCUCUCCCUCGCCGCGAACAGCGACACCCCCGACGGAGCUUCCGCCGGUUGUUGUGAUUGGGGCAACACCGCCUCGGCUGCCACCAGGAGCCAAGGUGGUCCCGCUACACAACAAGACGUCGUCACGCUCCUUGCUGCGCUCCGAGUCACACGAGUCGGGCGUCAUCGUCCAGCAGUCGGCAGCUCCUUGCUCGUCGUUUGAAGUGAUCCAUGGCGAGCGCGUCACGCAGCCACAGACCCUCCCGCGCGGGCGCUACGCAAAGAUGCCUCUGCGGGAAAUCGACGUCCCGUCCGCCGGCCGCAUCCGCGCCAUGGAUGCCGUCACUCCGCCACCGCCGCGCCGAGGGAGUGACGACCAGAACACAAACGUGACGGGCAGCAGCGGCAGCCUGCACAACGUCCACCACCACCACACCAAGCGCCGCGGCAGCGAGCCCCGCACCCCGUCAUCAAUGUCUCCAGCCAGCACCCCGCUCACCACGCACCGCAGGUCGCCCGAGGACCUCGUGUCCGCCGGCCUCGCGCGCCGCGACGCCGGCGACCUCCCCAAGGCCGCCUGGUGCUUUAUGAAGGCUGCAGAGGCCGGCUCGCCCGUCGGCCAGAUGUACUAUGGCCUCGCGCUGCGCCUCGGCGCCGGGAUCCACCGCGACGAGCGCCGCGGGUUCAACGAGCUCGUGCAUGCGUGCGACCGCAUGCUGGCUGCCGGCGCGCUCGACCUGCGCGCCGCCGCAGGCACCGUCCUCACCCCGGCCCAGCUCAAGUCCAUGUCGCCCGACCUUUCUGUUGGCCUCUUUGAAGUCGCCAACUGCUACCUCGAGGCCGCGGGCGUCAAGCGCAACCCGGACAUGGCGCUCGAAUACCUCCGCAUGGCCGGCAGCCUCAACGACCUGGCUGCGCAGGAACAGCUCGGCUACGUGCUUUCCAAGGGCGUCUCGGGCGUGAAAAAGGACAUGAGGGAGGCGGCCAAGUGGUACCGCAUUGCAAUUGUAGGCGGAUCCAACACGCCCGGCCUCGCAUGGGUCUGGAAGGACAAGUACAACGAGGACUAG